GAGAGAGAGAGAGAGAGAGAGAGAGAGAGAGAGAGAGAGAGCGAGCAUCACUCGGGCCUGCGCGCGUCUAUUGUUCGCUCAGCGCGUGAACACAAAGACUCUUGAGGCGCGGGUUCAUCGAGCACGAGCGCCGCGGGACCUUCAGCUCGAGGCCUCGCGCAAGUUAAACCGGACGAUUCUACCUCAAUAACCGACGUUUCUCAUGGUUUUACACUUAUUUUCCUGAUUUCCCGCGUCCCGGGAUCCACACACAGCCCGUUCGCAGUCGGUCGAUCCUCCUUUACGUCAGUGUUUCAGGCUGUUCCUCCAAGUCGUUCAAGCUGUACUCUCCAAAGGAGCCCCCCAACGGAAGUGCUUUCCCCCCCUUCCACCCCGGCACCAUGCUGGACCGAGACGUGGGCCCGACGCCCAUGUACCCCCCCACAUACCUGGAGCCGGGCAUCGGGAGACACACACCUUAUGGAAAUCAGACAGACUACAGGAUAUUUGAACUCAACAAACGGCUCCAGAACUGGACGGAGGAGUGUGAUAAUCUGUGGUGGGACGCUUUCACUACCGAGUUCUUUGAGGAUGACGCUAUGCUCACCAUCACGUUUUGUCUGGAGGACGGCCCUAAACGAUACACGAUCGGUCGGACGCUGAUUCCUCGUUACUUCAGGAGUGUGUUUGAGGGCGGCGCCAACGAGCUCUACUACGUCCUGAAACACCCGAAAGAGUCUUUCCACAACAACUUCGUGUCUCUGGACUGUGAUCAGUGUACUAUGGUCACACAGAACGGCAAACCCAUGUUCACACAGGUGUGUGUGGAGGGCCGUCUCUACCUGGAGUUCAUGUUCGAUGACAUGAUGAGAAUAAAGACGUGGCAUUUCAGCAUCCGGCAGCACAGAGAGCUCAUUCCCCGCAGCAUCUUGGCCAUGCAUGCACAAGACCCGCAGAUGUUGGAUCAGCUGUCCAAAAACAUCACCAGAUGCGGCCUGUCAAACUCCACCCUCAACUACCUCAGAUUGUGUGUAAUCCUGGAGCCCAUGCAGGAGCUGAUGUCCAGGCACAAGACGUACAGUCUGAGUCCCCGGGACUGUCUGAAGACGUGUCUGUUCCAGAAGUGGCAGCGGAUGGUGGCUCCACCAGCGGAACCUGCCAGACAGGCGCCCAGUAAGAGACGGAAGCGCAAGAUGUCGGGCGGCAGCACCAUGAGCGCAGGCGGAGGAACCAACAACAACAGCAACAGCAAGAAGAAGAGCCCAGCAAACAGCUUCCCCCUGUCCAGUCAGGUGCCGGAUGUGAUGGUUGUUGGCGAGCCGACGCUGAUGGGCGGCGAGUUCGGAGACGAGGACGAGCGUUUGAUCACGCGGCUCGAGAACACGCAGUUUGACGCCGCUAACGGCAUCGACGACGAGGACAGCUUUAACAACUCGCCCGCGCUGGGCGCUAACAGCCCCUGGAACAACAAGCCCCCGUCCAGCCAGGAGGGCAAGAACGACAACCCCACCUCACAGGCGUCUCAGUGAGACCCGCGGGGGCGGGGCCGACCCGGCGUCCAAUGGGAAGAAAGAGGCGUGGUCGAAGAUCGACUCAUUCAUCUACCUGCAGAACGACUCUUCCUGUCAGCAGAGGAAAUGAACCUGAAGGAUCAGAGAUGACAUCAGACGCACAGGGCUCGUGGUUUUGUUGGUGUUUUACGGGAGGACACUCCUGAUAGAUCACAUGAUUAAGUUAAGACGGAACGUAAACCGCCAACAAGACCAACCAACAUCCAGCUCCUGUUUCACCCCAGAAUCACUGCAUUUCUGCAUGUUGGACAUAUGCAUAUUUUUAAUAUUAACCAUGAUUAGAAUUUUGCAUUAUAACACUGGACUGCAGUGACCGAAACUGUCCGAUUCAUUUUAAAUCAACACUUUACUUAAAGCAUUCAUAUAUAGUGCAGUAUGAAAGGGUUUUUAAUGCAUUAAUUAUGCAACUUAUAUAUAUUGUCACAUCUUCAGAAAGUAUAAUGCAUUAAAACAACCAGGAUUCUGAAAAUAUUACAAUGCAUUAGAACACAUUUUAUUUAAAGGUAUAUAUAGAUAGAUAUAUGAAAGUAUUUUUAAUGCAUUAAUUAUUCUUUGUAUUGCAACUUAUGGUUGCUUAAAACAACCAGGAUUCUGAAAAUAUUAUAAAUAAUAUUAUAUAUAACGCAUCAUAAUGCUUUAAGCAAAGUGUUAUCAAAACUAGUGUUCGAUUUAAAUGAAUCUUUUUCUGUUGCUUUGCAUUAGUUUUCGCAGGAGAUAAUGUUUAAUUGCAAACAAAAGUUCUCUUUCAGCAACAUUCAUUUCUUUUGUGUGUUUGUGUUGAUUUGGGAGUGAAACGUGAGCUGGCCGUGUUCUGCUCUCUGAUUGGUGGAGGGACAGCGUUCGCAUGAAGAAGAGCGUUUCAACUCAGACACGUUUUGGAGAAUUGUAUCCGUGUUUUAUACCAGCCUCGAUUUCCCUAGAAUGUUUUUAUUUGCCUUUUCUUUUUCUUUCUGCCGAUGUUGAAAGCUGCAAACCAAGGAGUAACAGAGCCGUCAAGGUCCUUAAAGAUCGACCUCAGCCCUCAGAUUCUAUUGGUUUGUGUUAUUUUUGAAGAGAGUGGUUUAGCGUGGGCUUUCGGUUGAGUUUUGUGUACUUGUGCUUGUAUAUUUAAGGUAGUAGCAGAGUUCUGUAUAACUGUAUUGAGAUGUAUUCCUCCUUAGAGUUCCAUAAAGCCAUUCUGAUCUAAUGUGUAAAAGAGAAACACAUGAACCUCGUCUUUCCCCUUCUUUGAUUUGUGUGAAAUCAAGGGCACAAUCUGUGUUUGUUUCAGAUCCGGACGCUUUAAACACAUGUUUUCUGUGUUUCCUUCACACACACACACGAACUGUUCCACUGGACUCCGUUAACUAGUUGCUGGUUGGUUUGUUUUCCUCGCACACCCGAUAAUGCUGAAGCCUUUGAACUCGAUUUUUGUACUAUUUUUUUGAUUCGUUUCUCUCUCUCUGACCAGCUGAAUCAGUUUAAGUGAACUAAAGGUCUGCACUUGCAAUUGAAAUAAACCUUGAACCUUGUAGAUGCCCCUGUUUGAUAUAAUAACCUCGUUUUCUUAAUUUCUGCCCUUGAUUAAAUUAAUGUAUGGAACCAAUAAAAUAUGAAUUUUCACUUUAA